UGGAUCAGCUGAUUGUCAUUGUCUGCGUCUCAGGAAGUUACUUAUUUUUAACGUGUUUUCUGUCUUAAUUUAUUGUCGUUAUGCACUCUCUCCGUUAGGAAAAUAAGGAAUAAAGAUGGAACCUGACACAGAUAAGUUCUGGUACGUCCGCAGCUGCGAUUUAGAUGCGGAAAUCCAGGUCAAAAUAGGAAAUUUAGACGGGAAACGAGAUAAUCCCAACUAUGAAGCCCUUUUGAAGGAUUCGCUCCUGAAAUAUUCGGGAUUAUACCAGGCAGGAUGCUCUGACCUGUACGUGACUUGCCAGGUCAUCUGCGAUGGACGUCAGCUAACCUUGCCAGUCAGGACGUCUUACAAGUCUUUCUCCGCCAGGUGGAGCUGGAACGAGUGGCUGACGUUGCCUUUGAAGUUUAGGGACUUGCCACGUAAUGCCCUUCUAGCCCUUACAGUCUAUGACUCCCUAGGACCCCGGAGGAUCGAGCGCGUGGGAGGGACCACCAUAUCCUUCUUUGGAAAGCAGGGCGUUUUCCGUCAGGGCCUGCACGACCUCAGACUCUGGCCCGGUCGGGUAGGAGACGAGACAACUCCGGGCAAAGGUCAUGACCGUGGCAAGGACCAAAUGGUGAGGCUGGCCAAACUGGCGAAGAAACACCGCAAUGGGCAGAUGAUGAAGGUUGACUGGCUCGACCGGCUGACCUUCCGCGAGAUCGAGGUCAUCAACGAGCACGAAAAAAGGUCUUCCAAUGCAAUGUAUCUAAUGGUUGAGUUCCCUCGAGUCGAGCACGAGGGUGUCAUCUAUUCUGUUGUGUGGUGGGAGCGUGGGGGGGAGGUGGAGUACCGACACCGUUCAGCAGGCAGUGUGGUACGAAUGCCUGACCCAGAGAUAGGCCUUGAGAACUUACAGGAGGCUAAACACCACCGUCUUGCUAGGUCACUUAGGUCAGGGGUCACUGACCGCGACCUCAAACCCAACCUAGCUAUUCGCGAUGCCCUGCACACUAUUGUCGACUACCCUCCUACUAAACAGCUCACAAGUGACGAGCAGGACACUGUCUGGAAGUACCGGUUCUACCUAAGCUCACAGAAACGUGCACUCACCAAAUUCCUGAAAUGUGUGAACUGGAAACUCACUGGUGAAGCCAAGCAGGCCAUUGAACUCCUGAACCGGUGGGCACCCCCAGAUGCUGAUGAUGCCCUAGAGCUCCUGGGACCGGGCUUCACACACCCUGAAGUGCGAAGAUACGCAGUCAAGCGCUUGAGCCAUGCAUCUGAUGAGGACCUCCUCUUAUAUCUCCUCCAGUUAGUCCAGGCCCUAAAGUAUGAGGCUAUAGAAGGUGUUGACACGAGUCUCUGUGAUGUCUCUCAUUAUGACGAGAAUGAGGAGCAAGAGGAAGAGGAUGAUGAGGAAGAGGAGGAGGGCAUGAUGAAGGGGGAAGAGUCAAAGGAAGAAAAGAAAAUUGACAAGCGAUCACAGGAGCAAGGAGGAAGAGGGAUUGUAGGAGAAGAGAUAUACAAAGAUGAAGAAGAGGAGGAGAGCGAGGAAAGUGAGAGUGACACCGCAACUCUUAAGCAGUCAGGCUCAUCUUCACUCCUUGCCGAUGUUGAAGGAGGAGGAGUGGAGAAAGUGGAAGACAGAGGAAGCGAAAAAGGAGAAAGAGGAAUAACAACAACAACCUCAAAUGACGGCGCUCGAGACCCCAAAACCGACUCCACGGAAACCCAAAAAGUAUCCCCCACUACCCCCAACCAAACCGAAGACUCCAAUCAACUCCGUGACCCCAAACUAAUUGCCUCUAUGGACACUGACCCCAAAGGCCUUGAUCUUGCCUCUUUCCUGAUCCAACGCGCAACAAAAAAUCCCACUCUGGCAAACUAUCUCUAUUGGUACCUCAUUGUCGAAUGCGAGAGAGACGAACCAGGAUUGAAGCAUGAAGCUAAGGUUGUGGAGAUGUACGAGUGGGUUGUGCGACGAUUCCGUGCCGCACUGUGGGCAGGUGGGCGCGCUGCUCGUGCCACACGGCGGGAUCUUGCCCGACAGACCCACUUCCUGGAGCAACUGGUGGCGCUUGUCAAGGUUGUAGCCAAAGAGAGUAACAGAGUUCGGAGAAUUGAAAAACUCCAGUCCCUGUUAGCUGAUUCUGCGGCUUUUAAAGUGAAUUUUUCAGCUUUCAACCCCCUGAGACUACCCUUGGACCCUGAGGUCAUCGUAACGGGCAUAGUGCCAGAGAAAGCGACGUUAUUUAAGUCAGCCCUCGAACCCUCACGCCUGACCUUUGUGGACGUCGAGGGGAAAGAAUACGUGGCCAUCUUCAAGCAUGGAGAUGACUUAAGGCAGGACCAACUCAUUAUACAGAUGCUGACCCUGAUGGAUCGCCUGCUGCGUCGCGAGAACCUCGAUCUCCGCCUGACCCCGUACAAGGUCCUGGCCACAAGCAGCAGGCAUGGAUUUGUGCAGUUCGUUGAAUCUCUCUCUGUGGCUGAGGUUCUACGCACUGAAGGCAGCAUCCUCAACUUUUUCCGUCGCCACGCUCCUUCUGAAACUGGACCUCAGGGCAUUUCUUCUGAAGUUAUGGAGUGUUACAUAAAGUCCUGUGCAGGGUACUGUGUUAUGACUUACCUCUUGGGGGUUGGAGACAGACAUCUCGACAACCUGCUGCUGACGAAGGAUGGAAACCUUUUCCACAUCGACUUUGGAUACAUUCUAGGACGUGACCCCAAGCCACUCCCACCACCGAUGAAGCUGAGCAAGGAGAUGGUCGAAGGAAUGGGCGGACAGCAGGCGGAAUCCUACCACGAAUUCCGCAGGCUUUGCUACACGGCCUUCCACCAGUUACGUAGACAUGCCAACCUGAUCUUAAACCUCUUCUCCCUAAUGGUAGACGCAAACGUGCCCGACAUUGCCCUCGAGAACGAUAAAGCAGUGAAGAAAGUGGAAGAUAAGUUCCGCUUGGAUUUAAGUGACGAGGAGGGGGCCAGCUUUGUCCAGGGGUUGAUAGACGACUCUGUGAAUGCUGUAGUGGCUGUGGUGGUAGAACAGUUGCACAAGUUUGCUCAGUAUAUUCGGAAAUAGAAAGGAUUUUUCACCUAUGGAUUUUUGACUUUUUAUUGUCCAUGAUCUUUCCACAUAUUUGUCUCAUUUUUGCCGUAGUUUUGGUCUUCCUCUUCCUUCUUUUUUUCUAGUUCAUGAAUAGACAGAUUUUGCCAAUACUAUUGUGGCUGUGAUGGUGGAAUUCUAGAUUUUUGCACAAUGCACCAGAAAACCAUAAUUUUCUAUACUUCUGAUUUGUACAAGUUUUCUUUGGACUACAAGUCUUCCUUUUUUUUUUUGUUAUUUUCUAGAUUCUUUUGGGUUUUUCCUUCACUUCUACUGUAAUUGUAUCCAGGGGCUGAUACGUAACUAACUGCAACUGGCUGUUUUGGCUGUUGUCACACAGAACAGCUGUAUAAGCUUGCUCAGUAUAUAAGGAAAUAGAUUCUAAUAUUUUCUCGUUUUGUAAAUAUUAUUUUUCAGUAUUUAGUUAUUUUUUUUUUAUACUCUCUUCAUUUAUAUCUAUUGCUGGUCUUUUCUUUUUUCACUCUUUUCCCUUUCUUCUUUCAAUUCCCUCUUCUCUUUCACCUGUUUCUCCUCACUCCUUAGUACGAUCUGGUUCUAGGUCUCUUUUCUCGUUUUCAUCAAGUUUAUUGUCUGAGUGUAUAUAUUCAUCUGUGUUUUUAUCUGUGUAUGUAUGUGUGUAAAUACUAGUAAAAAUUGUUAACAAAAGAAACAAACAUGUUACGAAGAAAAAAGACAUAUAAUAUAAUGAUUAAAAAUAAUAGUGAUCUUUAAUUUAUUUAGUUAAGAAUAAUUGCUGUAUUUUUUUUUCCAAUAUGUUCUCUAGAAUAUAAGACAUUUUCUAUGGAAUAAAAAUGACAGUUGAU